AUGAAAAUCGGUCCAAAGUCUUACGCUUUCGAGCCGGAGAGAACCUUGGCGGUUUCCAAUGACUCUUCUCGCACCGACCCUCCUAUUGCUUACCCGGCGAAGGACGAGGACGGAGUUCCAAAACCCUCCAUUCCGGACGACCAGCCUGCAGAUUGGCAGUUCAAACAUCCUCUUAGAUCAUUGAGUUCACUCACCACAUCUCAAAACCAACAUGAACACUUCGAUCAUGUCCAAAGAGAAUCCUCCACGCUUUAUCAACUGUGCGAGAGCCAUCAGCCGGUCUCGGGGCCAUGGUCACAUACGGAAUCAUGGCAAGAGACAUCGGGCGCUAUAUCACCACCAAAGACCGAACUUCUUGACGACGCAAACCUUUGGCCCAUAAAUGAAACUGAAUUAGGGAUGCUAGAGGGCGCGAAAACAAAACGAAUCUUGCUCCCAAAGAGUACGUGUUGGGGACAGCCUCCCGCGGCGCAACCACAGAAAGAAGGAAAUUGUUCGGAUAGCAAAGCAACGACAAUGUCAUCCAAGAGGCGUGCUGCGGAAAAUAAGGAUCCGCAAAAAAAGAGUCGUACUGCUCCAUCAACCAAUAAAGAUAGGAGCAUCGAGGCUUUCGCUUGUCCUUACUACAGGAAAUACCCGGAGCGUUACUUUGAUUGUAUCAACCUUCGGCUGAAUCGGAUAUCAGAUGUCAAACAACACUUGAAGAGGCGGCACACGUGGAAUUAUACCUGUUCCAGAUGCUCAAGGGGGUUUUCCUUACAAAAAGCAUAUGAGGAGCAUUUUCUGCGACAGGAAUGUCCAAUAAAAGACUGUACAAACCAUGGCAGCGUUUCUCCGCGUGCACAAGAGAUACUAAGGUACCGUGUUGAUAGGCGUUCGUCUCCCGAACGUCAAUGGCAUGAAAUAUGCAGGAUCUUAUUUGGAAGGCUCGGCAACGCACUAAACCCCCACCAUGACGGUAUCUUCAAAGAGGUCACGGGAAUAAUACGUGGCAUAUGGAGAGCGGAAGAGCAGAACAUCAUCUCUAGUUUGAGUGGUACACUAAAUGUUCCGGGCGCAGAUGAGUUGCGCCCAUUGCUGUCUCAUAUUCUCAGCAGAGUUGAAGGAUAUUUCGAACAGAAGGAACAGACAGUCGCAGAAGAAAGUCUGAAAGAACCAGUCGAAAAACUUCAGGAUACUGGUAAGGCGUUUUCACAGAGAGAAAACCCGGGACAUGCCUGCCAAUCUCCGAAGGUGGGCAGCAGUGAGAUACUCAAUACGGGGUCAAUCAAAGCUCCAGAGCCAGUUGGCCCACCAACACAAGAAUGGCAGCUUUCAAAUGACAUUGAAAGUUCCAGCAUGUCAAAUUACAGCUUCACCUGUCUCACGCCUACUCAGCAUCAAAACCAGUUCGAGUACUCUUAUCCUGAUCACUCAGCCGGUGGGCUCCAUUCGGAUCUCGGGAUGGAUUGGCAUCUGGGGGACCUCGGCAGCGACAUCUCAAUGGGUGAUUUCAUGUCCUUUAAUAGCUCUAUGGAGGAAAGUCUACCUUCAGAGGACUACAAAUCUUCAACACAAAAACUAAACGGCUUCUAA